AUGAAUUGUUCCCCAAUCGAGUCUGCUCCGUCCGGAUCAAAAAGAAUCCGACCCGGUAACGGGUCCCUCACAAUCCUCUUCUACACCAUGAAAGGAAUCUCCAGAUCGCCGGUGAGAAGAAACGACGGUUUCCAUCGUUACAUGAAACCAGGGGCUCUGGCUCAGAUCCGUAACGCUAGAAUCAACAACGCUAGAUCCAAUUUCCCCCUGACUCGUUCUCUCUCGGACCCAGUCGACCCGCCUUCAUCAUCUUCCGAGAGUCCUAUUGCCGCGACGCCGCAGACGAUAACUAUGGAUCAGAUGCCCCAUCUCUUGAGCAAGAUCUACGGUCCGUAUCGAAUCGGUAGGAAGAAACUUGGCCCUGCGAGAUCUGCGAUGGUGAAAUUGAACCCUUCUCCAAAUUCUAUACUCGAAUCUAUUAAUGGUAACAGCAACGUACUGAACAAUAAUGAUGUUUUAGUUGCUCAUUGAAUGAAGCUUAAAGUGAAAUUUCCCUUCUUCUGUAGAUUACUUUGUAACUGAUACUCUUUGGGGAAAUAUCUUCACUACUCAUCAGACUUUUAUAAAUACCAGAAUCUCAUUCAUGUUUCUUCACCAUCUAUCAGUAGAUUGAUAUCACUUUGUUAAUUGAAUUCAUAUUCCCUGUUUGGCUUAGAUCAUAGAUUACUCCUACAUGUUUAUUAUACAUGUUCUGUUGUUAUAUGGAUCAUUUCUCAGACUUUAAC